UGUGUGCGUGCUGCAGUUUUAAAAACUCCAUUAGCAUGUCAUACAACGUCCGUUAAAGCGGCUAGUGUUUGGCUUUUUUACCUCUCUACAUGCUCGUUCAUGAGGUUUUCUCACCGACUCUUAUGUUAACAUCCACAGUGUUUCGAAUUCUUGAAAAUAGUCGAAAAGAUGAUCAUCACAGAACCGGCGGAAUAAUAUUCUCAUAACUGUCUGUAUGCUGGGAAUUUAUCACAAUAUUUGGUAUUUACUCAUUAUCCUGAUCAUCGUUGACAUUUUUCACCAAGACUGCAGAUAAAUCCACCGGCAAGAUGCGGCGCAUCGGCGCGCUCAUCGCUGUAUUGUUGUCCCUGCUUCCUUUCGCUAUCCCGGACAGUGUCGAUGACAUCCGCGCCCGGGCGGACGCCGUUGCCCAGCGUGCGACGCAGCGCUGUUCAGCAGUGCCCAACAAUGAGAAAGUCCUGCCGCGGAACGCUAUCUCCGAUCUGCCGCUGCCCUUUGAUCCGCAGGGCCCCAUCCCGGAAUUCCGGGCUUCCAUGUACGAAGCACAGAAGAUCGCCGUCAACCGGGCCAUCUUCUUCUCCUACAUUAUGCAACAGGCCGAACUGGAUGAUGAGCCGGAUAUGGGAUACUAUUUCUACUCGACAUUAUCCACCUUGUCAUCGUCGGAUGAGCGCAUUAUGGGCAGUAAGAUUGUCUUCAGUAAAGACAUGAUGAUGAGCAGCUGGUACGGUGGGGUCAACCAGACGCUGCCCUUCUUCGGUCCUUACGCGUUCAAGCGGUUUAAUACAUCCCAGAUGUUGUUUGCCAUUGAUCUGGGUUCCGAUCCCAGUUUUGCCUACACGGAUGAGAUGAAGCAUAUUACGCCGAAUCCCUGGUAUGCGGCGUGGCUAUCUGAUCGAACGGCGGUUGAGCUGCCACAGCCGGCAUUGUUGGAACUGAAAGUGCUGAAAGACAACAGCGGCGUGGAAACCAUUAACUUCUUUGGACCGCCGGUGGAAUUGCCGGCAAUCUGGACUAUGCCGUUUUUUGAUUGCUUAUUUACGGAUAAGUGGCAGCUUUCCGUCACCGCCCCGGUGGCCGAUCUCGAGCGUGCAACACGACUCCUGACCAAACGUCAAGCGGGACCGGGACCUCAAGCGCGACAGACGCAGCCGAGUGUGCCGGGCGGAAAUGGAGGGAAUGCAGUGAAUGUCCAGCAAGGUGCUCCAGUUAGCAACCAGAUUGUCCAGCAACAACUGCCCACUAUUGCAAACUACAUUGCCGCGGUUUCGGUGGAGAUGGAUUAUAAGAAAAUUGACAUUAAUCAGUGCGAUGGUGAUCAGCAGUUUAAUGCCUUCGCCGGCACGCACAAGUGCAAACGGGAAACCACAGUGUGUGAGGCCCUUCACGGACACGGACUUCGGCGAGGCGGAUAUCAGUGCGUGUGCCGCGCGGGUUUCAAGUAUCCGCCGGGCAGAAGCGGACCGUUCAGUGGAGGCGAAGUGGAGAGCGCCAGCAGCGGCGAUUACGCUAAAGCCGAUGCCUUUCAAUGUCUUCCCAUCCAAGACCAAGAAGUUCUCAUCUCUCCGGCGGCACUGGCCCAGUCCGCCGUCUCCAACACUAUCAACGCUGUUCCGCAGGCCCCACCCCAGCGUCCGCCUCCUCCACGCCCCGUCAACUUCCAACAACCACCUCCGCCGCCCAGCCAAGUCGCUCUUCUGCAGGCCGACACCGUCCCCAAUCAGCCACUGCCCCCUUUUCUCCCCUUCUCCCCCGACACCAACACUCCCAAACCACUGACCACCAUCCUCACCCGACCCACACCGCCCAUGCAGAGCUUGCCGCCGCAGACCAACAGUCCCUUCCGCAACCCGGGAUUCGCUCCCUCGCAGCCGCAGCCGGUGCCUAAUGCGGCUGGUUUCUUCCCGAAUGGUCAGUCGCCUCAACCCGUGCCCCAGUUCAUGCCGCAACCCAUCAACGUGUCGACCCGCACCGGACCACCGAAUUUUGCCGCCGCACAAAGUGAGCAGUUUUUCCUCCCGCAUCAGUUCCAGCUACCGGACAAUCUCGGACCACCGCAACAGUUGUCGGAUCCAGCAGCGAAUGAUCCCCAACGCCCGCAAAUUCCGGCCUUCGCCCAGGCUGCGCGACCGGAAGCACGUUUUGCUGUGCCGCAGUUUAUCUCAUCCAUGGACUCACCCAGUCCCCAGUUUAACCAGGCAGGACCGGUACGGAGAACGCGCCAAGCCGGUAACGAGCCCCUGCCGACCGACAAUCUGUCCGUACCGCCGCAGAACGCUCAGAAUGCUGCCAUAAUACAGCAGCUCAUCCAAAAACUGUCGCAGGAAAACAAUCUCAUGUUCCGUGCUCGCCAAAUGCUGGAUAAUCUGUCGCCGCGUAACUGUUCGGCUAAUCGUUUCGCUGAAAAGGUCGAUUUGGGCUUCUCGCAAGAGUUCGGUCGGAAAAUUGCUAAACAAUUCGCCACGCAAGCGAGAUCGGCAUUACGUUUGUCGCACUUUCUAAGCAACUAUUUACAAAAUGGCAUCGCCGUGGAGGGAAAACGCCGGAACAAGUUGACCGAGAACAUGAUCCUGGGUGAAAUGGCCGCGAUGAUCAUCGCCGAGCCGGCCAUCGGCGCCGUUAGCAUCCAAUUCGAAGACAGCAUUUUUCCCGGCCGGCGUUUCUUCGCGCCCACUGCAUUGUACAACAAGAUGCUCGAUGAGCUUCAGUUCUAUCAUUACCCGGACAAUUACACAAACUUUGAUUGGUAUCGCGACGUCAAGAGCAAGACAGCUAACCUCCGCCUGAUGGACUUUGCGGUUGACAUUAAGAUGCGCGUGGAUGCAGCCGGGUCCAGGUUCACCGAUGUCCCCACGCAAAGUUUUAAAGCGAUCACCUUUGAUGACAUGAAGACGCCUUUCGGACCGUAUUAUGACUGUUUUUAUCUGGACAAGUUUUUCUGGUUUGAGGUGCCGUUUUUCGCUAAACGAGCGGACGGCGGAGUGCAAUUCGGGGGUCUGAUUUCGGUUGGCAUUAAUCCGGAUCAGAUCGACGUCAACCAGUGCAGCUCGGCGGAGGAGCCCCUGUUCCGUGGCACUGAUCGCUGUGAUCGACAAACGACCACGUGUGUUCCCGUUUCCGGACGCGGCUUUCGAGCGGGCGGUUAUAAAUGCGUCUGUAAAGAAGGCUUUGAGUAUCCCUAUCUGGACAGCAUCCAAUAUUUUGACGGACUGGCCGUGGAGAUCGAAUAUCAGAAUAAACUGCUAGAUUUCCCGAAUAAUUACGCCAACCUCCGAUGUCGACGCCCGGGACAGAAACUCAACGCCAUUCCCGAUCCGGGCGCAAUGUUGCCCUUGGUUCCUACCCAACCAGCUCGUCCGCCGACGCAACCGUCGACUGCAGCACCGGUUCGAACCGUCCAGACCACAAAGGUCACGGAGCAGACACUGGCCGCUGACAAUAAUCCUUGGAUCCCCAGCGUCCCGAUUACACCAAUUGCCAGCACCGUGGCGAUGCCCCCGCCGACCACCACUACGCCAUCCACGCCUUUCGUCCCGCCGAAUCCGUUCGUUCCGACGGUGCACAACUUCGUCCCACCUAACAGCUUCGCGCCACCGCGUCCGCCCAACAACUUUAGCCCAAGUACGAACUUCGUGCCGGGAUUGGAUCCUUCAAAAUCACUUGCCCCCAAACAGCCUAAUACUUUCACCGCUCCCUUUCAACCGCCGCCUCGCCCCGUAUUGCCACAGGGCGAUGGAUCGUUUGCUGUUCCGGACCGUCUGCCUGAGUUUAUGAGCACACCUGGAGUAGACACCAAUCCACCGGAUUUCCAUAGUCCUUUAAGCGGAAACUUCUUGCCGGAUACAUCGCCGGUUAUGAUAACGACGACACCCACCACUACCACAACGAUGACGACUACCACCACUACGACAACUACAACGACGCCAUCGACCACAACCACUACCACCACGACAACCACGCCAAGUACCACAACUACCUCCACGACGUCUACAACAAGCGAACGCACCACGGAGACUACUGAACAAUAUGUUCCCACGACCGCCACUCUGGAGGAUCUAGGAGAAGAACUGGCCAGUUCGUCGGUGGAAGUAGAGUCCACAUUGACCACGGCCACAGAGACCACCCGUGCCGUCACCAAGCACGGACCGACGAAAUAUACUGUAAAGGUCAUAAAGGGUACCACGGGACCCACGAUGGAUGCAGAAGCCAGUAACGAGGUUAAGGUCGGCAAACGGAUACAGGGCAAACCCAGGAGUAGUGCCGAGAGGGGAUCAAUCAGCAUGCUAGCCACCACUGUUUGCCUACUUGUCAGUGUUUUUUAUUAUACUGUCGUUAUAAGGACGUAGGACAGGGGAAGUGUGAAUACUCCGUACUAAAGGGCUUUCCGCUGUGAAAAGCGCGCAUCCUGGGGACAAACCGGUUAGCGUGGACGGUGGCUGGGAUGCGAGUUUUGGGUUUACGUGUUGAUCCUUGUGCCACAUUUUCUCACGCUGUGGAACGGCUCGGCACACACUGUUACUUAGAAAUCGUUAUACUUUCUUUUUCCUCUUCCGUAAUUUUUUAAUUUUUCUGUACUAAUGCUGGUUUAUGUAUCUACUGUGUUAACUGUUUUAUAAGUAUUUCAUUGCGCAUUCGGCUGUUCUUUUAAUUUGUAUUAUUAUGUUGUUGUAAAUUUUGUUCUACAUUAUUAUCAAUGAUUUCUUUAUCAACGUUGCUGGAUCGAAAACU